AUGACAAAAAUCUCCAUCGUUAAGGUUGCUGAAAGAGAUAGAAUGAGGGAGCUAGUGCAUGAGUGGGAGUUAGAGAUCAAGGCCCACGUGGCGGCGGCGCACGGCGAGCAGCCCCUCUUCCCGUGCCCCGCCUGCGACACGCCUUCGGCUCGUACCCGCUGCUGUUCUCGCACUACGUGGAGCGCCACGACCUGCGGCCCCUACGCCCGGGAGGAGGCCAUGCUGGAGUCCGAGAAGCACAAGUGCUCCCUCUGCGGCAAGGCGUUCGUGACGAAGCACGUGCGCGACGUGCACGUGAGGAACGUGCACGAGAAGGCGAACGAGACGCGGUGCCCGGCGUGCGGCGACUCGUUCUGCAACCGGCAGAGCAUGGAGAUGCACAUGCGGCGGCUGCACAUGGGCGAGGCGGGGCGCUCGUUGCUGUGCGACGCCUGCGGCAAGGGCUUCGUCAACGCCAGCGAGCUGCGCAAGCACGUCGAGCACGUCCACCUGAAGGUGCACCGCCAGGAGGCCAUGUGCGAGGUGUGCGGCAAGGCCAUGUCGAGAAGACGUUCCGUGCCCGGACUGCAAGGUGGUGUUCCACGCGCUGGCCAGCCUCACUGCCACCGCAGGCGCAUGCACCCGGUGGAGGGCGAGCGCACCAACACCUGCGGCGUCUGCGGCAAGAACUACCACUUCCCGUCGGAGCUGCGUCGCCACGUGCGGAUCGUGCACGAGAAUGAGCGGAGCUUCGUGUGCGAUGUGUGCGGCAAGGCGUUCAAGGUGAGCUCGCAGCUGGUGUACCACCGCCGCCGCCACACGGGGGAGACGCCCCACGAGUGCGCCCACUGCGGCAAGCUCUUCCACAGCCCCACCAGCAUCGGCAACCACAUGAGGAAGGUGCACAAGGCCACCUACAUGGGCGUCAAGCAGAGGAGGAAAAUGAGCGGCAUGUAAGGGGAAAUAGGCACACAUUUAUUAUUUGUUUGUGCAAACACACGCACUCAAAUACACACACACACACACAUACACACACAUACACACACACAUACACACACACAUACACACACACAUACACACACACAUACA